GAAGAGCAAAGAAAGCUAAGAAAGGAGAAAAGAUUUUAAUUUGGACAGACAGUCAGCUCUCUUUCCCUCACAUUUCUCUACCUGAGAUCUGAAUCUGAGAAGCAACACCAAAAUGCCGGAUCCGUCGAGCCUGAGUCCCAAUCCGGAUCCGCCAAUUCACUCCAAUGCGUCGUCCACCUUCCCCAACCCAACCACAUUCCGAGGUUCUAACCACAGGCGAGCACAGUCGGAAGUCCAAUUUCGUAUCCCAGACGACUUGGAUCUCGUAUCGGACCCGUUCGAAGGUCUGGGAUCCGAGGACGACUUGUUUUGCAGUUACAUGGAUAUCGAGAAGCUGGGUGGAUCAUCCAAGGUGGCGGACGAAGGAGGGGCUGCUGCCGGAUCUUCGAGUGCUGGGUCGGGUCAGAACCCGAAAGGAGGAGAGGAAAUGAGUGGCGGGUCGGGAAUGGGGGAGAAGAGUACUGGAGGAGGGAAAGGAAGGCAUAGGUAUAGUAAUUCGGUUGAUGGGUGCUCGAUGAUGGAGUCGAUUGAAGCUAAGAAAGCUAUGGCUCCUGAUAAGCUUGCUGAAUUGUGGACUGUUGACCCAAAGAGAGCUAAAAGGAUCAUUGCAAAUCGGCAGUCAGCUGCUCGCUCUAAAGAGAGGAAAGCCCGAUAUAUAUCUGAAUUGGAGAGAAAAGUCCAAACACUUCAAACGGAAGCAACUACUCUUUCUGCGCAACUAACCCUAUUCCAGAGAGAUACAACAGGCUUGAGUACUGAGAACACAGAGCUUAAGCUUCGGCUACAAGCUAUGGAACAACAAGCUCAGCUACGUGAUGGUAUGUUCUGUCCAAACCAAUUAGCUCUGAAUGAAGCACUGAAGAAGGAAGUAGAGAGGCUCAAGAUUGCCACUGGAGAAAUGACGACACCCACAGAUACCUUUAAUUUGGGAAUGCACCAUAUACCAUACACCCAAUCUUCCUACUUUCCUCUCCAGCCACAGCAUGUGCAAGUUGACACCCAGAACAUACAAAUGCCACAGUUUCAUCCCUUCCAGUCUAACAUGUUGACGCCUAAUCAGUCUGUGGUAGCUGCCUCCAACUCGCAUGCCUUUGCUGAUAUGAUGCAACAGGACCCUCUUGGCCGAUUGCAGGGCCUUGAUAUCAGCAGCAGGGGUUCGCGCUUUGUGAAAUCUGAAGGCCCCUCAAUUUCUGCCGGUGAAAGUGGUGGAACAUUAUGAUACAAAUUUUGCUGAUAAACAGUUUGCCCUGGCCUAUUUGUUGGAUUGUUCAUAGACUGACCUUGUUGACAUCAAAAGGUACUGUUCAGUUGAAUUCAAUUCUUUCAAUGCGAUUGGGGUUUUAGGUUUUCUGUAGCUUUGCUAGGUUUCCAGAUAUUGGAGAUUCUUUUCUUGUGGAUUUCACAUUCAAUUAUUUUUGGAGCAAAGCAAUGAUGUGGGAUUAGAAGUUUGAUCCCUAGAAGUAGAUUGAUGCGACAUUCCAGCUGCUUCCGCUGUAUUGUUGGUUCAGUAUUGCUUAAAGUUAUAAUGCUGGUGAAUUUCUUCAAAUUGUUUUUGUUUCAGUGGAUGGCGCACCCCCACUCUCAAAUGAGUGUGCACAAAACUGUACAUGCAUCUGGCUAUAUGAUUGUAGUGCCUUGACUUUACAGUUCUUUAACUUCAUGGCUCAGUUGAACCUUGGAGGAUAAUACAGGCCUUGGUUGCUGUUGCUUGUCACUUAA